GCGUGUCGCCUCCAUCGCGGCAGUACGGCCUGGCGCUUGACGAGAGUGGACGUAUGCUUCUCGCGCGCACCGCCCCAGCUCAACGCACGAAACAAGUUUUGUAAUUUAACUUCGGACUAUUCUAAUCACAUUUAAAUCUUCAUCAUCAUGGACUUGAGUGAUCAUCUAAAAAGUACUUUUCUCAAUGUAAUUUCAUAAUUUUAUUUAACUUUUCUUGUGGUAUUUGUGGAUUUAUUAUCUAGAUUGAAAGAUACGGUUCGUAAAGGUGUAGUAGAAACGCGAGUGAAAUUGUUUAUUGUUUCAAAAGACAAUCCGUUGAGGAGUUUGAAUUUUCUGUUGUUUUUAUUGUUUACGAGGACGCAAACCUUAGCGUGUUGAAAAGAGACAAGAUGAGGUCCAAGCGUGUAAGAGCGACAGGUGUGGUUGCUUUGGCGGUUCUGUUGGCAACUAUAACAGGAUGUUCAGCGCAAACGUUAAGGAUAUUCCCGAUACAGAAACAGCAGACGGUGGCCGUGGGUAAAUCAGUGGUGCUCACGUGUCAAGUCGACGCACCUGACCCGGCGCUCGUCACACAACCGCAAUGGAAGGACCCUAAGGGAUUCGUCAUUAAUGAAGCCGCAGCCGGCACCCGACCAGAGAUAUAUACGGAACCGAUGCCCGCGAAGCAGCUGCAACUGCUGUACAUAUCGUCGAUCACUCCGGCUAUGGCUGGCAACUACACCUGUGUCGCUACUUACACUAACAUGCCUUUGAGCGCUAGCGUUGUUCUCGAUACGUUCGUUGCAAUAACUUGGACAAACGCUAACGAAAAUCAAUAUGCUACCAAAGGAAAAGACUUUAAAAUCAUGUGCGAAGUUACUGCAGAGCCAGCACCGUCUGUUGAUUGGUUUAAGGAAGGCAAUCCUGUUGUGACCGGUGAUAGAUACGUGAUCCACGCCAAUGGACUGAUGAUUAAAGGCGUGGAAGAAAGUGACGAUGGAACUUACACCUGCCGAGCUGUGGUCAUCCAAACUGGUGAACUUGCUGAAAGAAACAUCAAACUUGAAGUUUACACCGCACCAGAAAUGGAGGAAAGGGACCCGAGAGUCGAAAUUAGGGAAGGUGAAAGUGCUGCUAUUUCGUGCAAAGCUAGAGGAAAACCGCUGCCUACUUACUCUUGGAUCAAGGCCUCAACUCGAGAGAAUCUGGCCAGUACGUCCCGAUUUAGCGUCAACGAAAAUACGGGUCUUCUAACAAUCGAUCGCGUAGAAGCCGCUGACUAUGGUAAAUACAUCUGCAGUGCAGUAAACCAGGCUGGACAAAACGAAACUGAAAUCGAAGUCGAAGUAUUGGUGAAGCCCAGAAUCUUCGAAUUAUUCAAUACAACUGCUCCUGAGAAGCAAGAGGGUAGAUUAGAGUGCAAGGCGACCGGUCGGCCCGCUCCUCGCAUUAGUUUCCGCAAAUUGAGCAACCCUGACCGCUUCCUGAAUGGAGCUAACGACGAGGGCAGGAUUACUGUUGAAACGAGCACUCGACAGACUGGCGACCAGAUGGAAUCUAGCGGGGUUAUUACGAUCACUAAGCUGAAUAGAACUGAUGAUGGACUGUACGAAUGUUUUGCUGAGAACGCUGGUGGUGAGGCAAGAAAGAACGGCCAUUUAACAGUUCAUUUCAAACCAACUUUCGAGCAUAUGCCAACAAUCCCGAUCUGGAGUUGGAAUAGCCGUCCCGCCAACUUAAGUUGUACCGCAGAGAGUAUCCCGAACGCAACCAUUAAAUGGAGGUUCCGUGACCUGGACUUGGUAGAAACUCCUCAAGUGAAGAUUUAUGGAUCUGGACCAUCGAGCUAUGUGAUCGUCACGCCGACUGAUAGAGCCCUGUACGGCAUUUACAAAUGUAUUGCUACCAACACUCUCGGAGAAGCUGAACACAUCAUUCAAUUCAGAGAGGCUUUCCCACCAGGUCCUGUCGUUCAAGCUCGACAAGAAACAAUAACGGCGACAUCAGUUUCAUUCAAUAUUGUCGGCCCGGCUGAAGAAAUGGGCCCACCAAUAACGGCCUACACAGCCCAAUACAAGGAAAAUGGCAAUUUCGAUUGGAAUCUCUCCCAGAACAAGACUUGGUCCGCCAAUUCACCGUACAUUGUGGAGAAUUUGAGGCCGAUGUUCACUUAUGAUUUUCGAUUUGCUGCCGUCAAUCGAGUCGGGCCUGGCAGCUGGGGUGCUCCAAUUACCGUCAUUAUGCCCAGAAGAUCGCCACCGGAACAACCGAAAUGGAGAGAAAAUGAAACCCCAGAAUCGCUUAUUCAUGGUAAAUACGCAGACAGAUAUGAGUUGAGAUGGCGAGUACCCGCCAACAAUGGCGAACCUAUCGACAUGUAUGAGAUCAGCUAUUGCCCCGUACUGAAAGUGAGUGGAGAGUGGCGCGUCGCAUCUGAAUCUCAAUGCGUCAUUGAGGAGCUUAAGUCCCUAGAGGCAAUCAGUUACGAAGUACGUGGCCUCCACCCAGACACUCGCUACAGAAUGCACGUACGGGCGCACAACGUCCUCGGAUAUUCGUUGCCAGCUCAACUUUACGUCCAAACGGCUCUCGGCGUCGAACGGUCUGGAUUUGCACCGCCUCAGCUUUUGUCCAGCGGUUCAAUAAUUGGGCUCGCCUUGGCCGGAGUAUUCAUCUGUCUUCUGAUCGUGGACCUCCUUCUCCUGUGCUUCAGACGACAGGGUGUUAUUGCAACAAUCUGCGGCAAACGUGGCAAGAAACACAACGACGAUGAAGCCAAGCUGGGAAGUCUGUACGGUUGGCGCUUCCCGCUCCCUUAUUGCAGCACGAAGCCGCGCGCGCCGCCCUCCCCCGCGCCCCUGCCACCGCCGGUCAAGCUCGUGCCGACCCCUACGGAUGAAAAGGAGCCACUGAAGGAUACGAACGACGACGCUAUCAAGAGGAACUCCUCAGUAGAGUUCGAUGGGCACAGAGUGUAUGCUACAAGUGGAGGACCAAUCAUCGGCAAGAACUCCGCCGUAUAAGAACCAUAGGGAUAUCAAGAUUGAGAAAGUCUUACGAAACUUGGUGUUACAUUCUAUAUGCUUGUGUAAAUGUGAGCGCGACCAGUAUUUUAAACUGCCAAAAGUCUAUAUAAGUAUUCAGCUUUACUGUCUCUACUCUACUUCAUCACAUAUACUCUAUAAUAUAUAUUUUUAUAAUAACUUCUUAAUGUAAUCAUGCGAAAUAUAUUUUAUACUAUUUCUAAGGUUUCGUAGUUAAAGAUGGAUUUGUCUUUUUCAAUGGAACUUUAGCGCACUCUAUAGAUUGAUUCUUGAAUGAUACAACUGCUUCAAGAGGUACGUGUGUGCCUUUUAGUGUAUUUCUUAUAAUGAGGGUAUUAUACUUUAGUGUAUAUAGGAUAAUGUAUAUUUAACACAUCACAUUUUUAUUAUUAUUAUUCAAACUAUCAGCAAAUUCUAUCAAUAGAAAUGAAAAGACAGAUUUAUUUUUAUAUUUUUAUCUCUUUAUCUUUAUUUGUCUGUUUUUAUAUUUUAAGAAUUUUAAUUUAGUCAUCGAUAUAAUGUGGAACACUAAACCGUCAUAAUAUUAUCGUGUUUGACAAGAAAUAACUUUAGGACGACCAUUUGCCGAAUGUUUUUGUUUAAGUUAAUUAAGUGAGUUGCCUCUAAUUUUAAUGAAGAAAUCUGAAACUGUACUGUAAGUUAGAUUAGGCUUUUGUAAAUAAAUAGUUAAGACUGUAAAUAUUUAACUAUUUUAGGGUCUCAUGAUGAUUUAAAUCUCAAAAAUAAGAAGGGGUGAGAAACUGUUACAUGUAUUCCUAUCUGAGACAAGUUAUUAGGACGCUUGCUUAUUUCAAUAUAAGCUGUGUAGGUGUCAUGUUUAAUUUUAUAAACAAAAUCGUUAGUUAGGUAAUGUAUACCUGUUAGAUGAUCUAAGGUUAUUUAGAUAUUCCUACUUAUUGUAUUCAAAUAAGAUUCAUAUGUCAAUAUACAUAAAGAAUAUUAUCUCUUUUACACAAUUGCAAACAUCACAAUGCAAUAAGACUUAGUACUUAACAAUUUGAUACACUUAAACUUUUGAUACUUAACUACACAUAUUUUUAUACUUCUGAUCUCGACUUUAGUUUUAAUAAUGUACUCUAAGCUUUAGGGAAUAGAUUCCAUUAUUCUUUAUGUGUAUUGUCAGCUCAUUCGAAUUCAGACUGCUAAAUGAAGCCAUAUACCACCUUUUUGACAGUUGAAGAGCUGUUUAGCAGUCCGUUCUAAUGUGAGAAAAUGUUUUUAUAACCGCUUAAUAUAUUUAAGAUAUUUUUAUUAUAAUAUUUAUCUACAUAUUGUACCUAAACUUUUCCAUCUAUGUUUUUAAAAUGUCAUACCGCGCCUUUAAAUAAAAAAAAGAAUUUAUAACAUAAGCAAAUAGGCAUCUAAUCAUAGAAUAGUUUUGAGAUAAAUGUUAACGAUGUUUUUAGAGUAAUCGAUUGUUUGUCGUUUGGUAGUUCGGUUUGAUUACGUCAUAAAAUUAUUCUAGAAGUUUCUAAAACUUGACUGAACUAGUCUUGAGUCGUUAUGGACCAAUAACAGCACGGCAAUCGGUAUUAAUCUAUUCUAUACAGCAGCUAAAUCCAAUGGCAGCAAUUUACGGCAAUUUUCCUAUUCAACAAAUAGCAAAUUGAAGGGUUUGAGUACCUUAUCUAGUUAUUUGCUUCUUCAUGUACAAGCUUCAAUGUUAUUCGUAUGUAAGGUAUGUCUGUCAGCUUAUAGUGGCCGAGUAUUCGACAGGAGAAGCGCAUUUUUAUAUGAAAAUAAAUGUAUGGAAAAUG